UCUGAGCGCGCACAGCUUGCGCGUCCUCCGCUCGUGCGUCCUCCGCCCGCCGAGCCGCCUGCCCUUCCCGCCCGGCCCUGGACUCAUGUCCCGCCGCAAGGCCGGCAGCGCGCCCCGCCGAGUACAGCUCGCGCCUGCCGCCAACCCAGACAAGGAAGAGAUGGAGAUGUCGGACCUCAUCAUCGAUGUGAAGCUGGAGCCGGACGUGCGGGCCCUGCAGGCCCCGAAGGAGGUGUCCGCGCUGGGACGCUUCGGGGGCGAACCCCGCCACACGCUUGGCCCGGUGCCCGCCGGGGCCGCCCUCCACGCCCUGGGCUCGCGGAGUCCGUGGGCCCUAUGCAUGCCGCUGACCUCCAGCCUUGCCGACCGCCAGCCCUGGACCGAAAAACGCCCAGAUCUGUUGACCUGCGGCCGCUGCCUGCAAACCUUCCCGCUGGAGGCCAUCACUGCCUUUAUGGACCACAAGAAGCAGGGCUGUCAGCCCUCCAGAGGCCCCAGCCCCUGCAAGAGCUCAGAACCCAAACAGUUGCCACUGCUGAGCUGCCUUCACUGUGGGAAACAGUUCACAGGUGCCUGGAAGCUGCUGCGCCACGCCCAGUGGGACCACGGGCUGUCCAUCUACCAGACGGAGCCAGAGUCAGAGGCCCCUGAGGCCCCACUGUUGGGCCUGGCCGAGGUGGCAGCGGCCGUGUCUGCUGUGGCAGCUGUGGGGCCUUCAGCUGAGGCCAAGGGUGCCAGGCUCAGUGGCUUCAGCCGACGGAGCCCCAUCUGCCUGGUAUGCAAGAAGACCCUCAGCUCUUUCAGCAACCUCAAGGUGCACAUGCGCUCACAUACCGGCGAGCGGCCCUAUGCCUGUGACCAGUGUCCCUACGCCUGUGCCCAGAGCAGCAAGCUGAACCGUCACAAGAAGACCCACCGGCAGCUACCACCCCAGAGCCCCUGUAUGGCUGACGCCAGUGAGGAACAGGUGUCCACAGCACCUCCAGAGCCAGCUGCCCAUGCUGCCGCCCCAGCCAGCACCCUCCCGUGCAGUGGUGGUGGUGAGGGUGCUGGGGCUGCAGCCACAGCUGGUAUCCAGGAGCCUGGGGCUCCUGGCAGUGGGGCUCAGGCAGGCCCAGCUGGGGAAGGCUGGGGAGUGGUCGACAAAAAACAGAGAACUGACCCUCCGGAGAACCAGAAAACCUCACCAAAGAAGAUCCCCAAGGCAGCUGGCAAGAGCCGUGGGCCAGGAGGCAGCUGUGAGUUUUGUGGGAAGCACUUCACCAACAGCAGCAACCUCACCGUGCACCGGCGCUCGCACACUGGUGAGCGGCCCUACACCUGCGACCAGUGUUCCUACGCUUGUGCCCAGAGCAGCAAACUCAACCGCCACCGCCGCAUGCAUGGCCUGGAGCCUGGCAGCACCCGCUUCAAGUGCCCGUACUGCUGUGUGCCCUUCGGCCUGCGAGCCACGCUGGACAAACACCUGAGGCAGAAGCAUCCUGAGCAGGGUGAAGUGGCCUGAGCAAAGGGCUGGCCCUGACAUUGUCAGCAGUUGUGCCGACCUCCUUGUCCUUG